AUCGUGUUCAUGCUUAUUUAACUCAAAUCUAUUCGGCCUCCCUCCCACUCUCACACGUUACAGUCAUGCCCUUCUUUUCCAUCUCUCGUUCUGUUCUUCGGAGCAGCACCAGAGGCAGUCUCUCGAGGCUUUCUUGGGUUUCGAGUUCGCAGAACAGAUCAAUCAGCCAUGGCGUCUUUCACAAUAAAAGUGACAACUCUGAGAAAAUUGAUACAAGCGCUUACAACUUGGGUGGAGGCACUACUUUUAUGCGUGGAACGGUCUUUUGGGAACCCAACAAACCUCUCACCAUCGAAGAAUUUCACAUGCCUCAACCCAAAGCUGGGGAAGUUCUCAUCCGAACAAAAGCCUGUGGUGUUUGUCACUCUGAUCUUCAUGUUAUAAAGGGUGAGCUUCCCUUCGCAAGUCCUUGUAUUGUGGGUCAUGAAAUAACUGGAGAGGUGGUUGAACAUGGUGCACAUACUGAUAGUGGAAUCAUAAAGAGGUUUCCUAUUGGAACCCAUGUUGUGGGAGCAUUUAUUAUGCCUUGUGGAAACUGUUUCUUCUGUGUAAAGGGUCAAGAAGAUCUAUGCGAGGCUUUCUUUGCUUACAAUCGGGCAAAGGGAACACUUUAUGAUGGUCAAACCCGGCUGUUCCUCCGCAGUAGUGGUAAGCCAGUUUAUAUGUACAGUAUGGGAGGACUAGCAGAAUAUUGCGUUGUGCCUGCACAUGCUUUAGCAGUGCUUCCAGACUCAUUGCCAUAUACAGAGUCAGCUAUUUUAGGUUGUGCAGUCUUUACUGCAUAUGGUGCCAUGAGACAUGCAGCUGAGACACGUGCUGGAGAUUCUGUUGCUGUGAUUGGUGUUGGUGGUGUUGGGUCAAGUUGUUUGCAGGUAGCUAGAGCAUUUGGUGCUUCUGAAAUUAUUGCUGUUGAUAUUCAGGAUGAGAAGCUUCAUAAUGCAAAGAUGCUAGGAGCUACUCACACCAUAAAUGCAUUGAAGGAAGAUGUUGUUGACAAGAUAAAGGAAAUAACUGGUGGAAUGGGUGUGGACAUCGCUGUGGAAGCACUGGGKAGACCGCAAACAUUUUCACAGUGCACACAGAGUGUACGGGAUGGGGGAAAAGCUGUGAUGAUUGGGCUGGCAAAAUCCGGUGCUAUAGGGGAGGUAGAUAUAAAUCGACUCGUCCGAAGACAGGUAAAGAUCAUUGGGUCAUAUGGGGCACGUGCCAGGCAAGAUCUUCCCAAGUUGGUUAAACUUGCUGAGACAGGCAUCUUCAAUCUUAGUGCAGCUGUUACAAGAAAAUGCAAAUUUGAGGAGGCAGGCAAAGCAUACCAGGAUCUUGACAGUGGAGGCAUAGUUGGACGAGCUGUAGUUGAGAUUAUGUAAUAUUCUGUCCAUCUUUCUUAAUAAUGGUUGGGGCUUCUCCAGUGAAAGUAGAUGGUUGAUGUUGUGUCCAUCUUUGAUCUUUCUUAAUAAUUGUUGGGACUUCUCCUGUGAAAAGUACAGAUCCUUAGGAAGUUAAUGCAAUUUCAUGUUCUAAAAGAGUUUCCGACGAA